CUGAUAAGAUUAAAAAAUAUGAAACAGAAAGACUUAUCAAGUAUUUGCGGGAGGAUUCCAAAUCAGAAGGCUUAGAACUUAACAAUAACUUUUUUACAAAGCUUGAGGAGAAAGAAAUCACUGAUAGUUCAUUUCUCAAACUAACCAGAUGGGAUUUUAAGGAAUAUGAAAUAACAUUAGGACAAGCAUUAGAACUUGAGAAUUAUAUAAAAAGGUUGGAUGAGUAA